AUGGCGCCGUACAAGCGCAUUACAACAUAUCGCGAUGAAGAGCAUCUCUUCAGGAGGGACAUUCCUGGCCCUGCGAUCGGCGGCAUCGUGAUCGGGGUGCUCAUCGUCCUCUUCUGGACCACAUUCUUAUGCCUGUGCUGCUUUGGGGCACACCGGUUCAACCGCUAUAGCAGAAGUCGCGGCGCCAGGAGGCCAGUACCUCAAUAUGGCCCCGGUUACACAUACAAGACAGGCGACAACGAGCCUCUGAACAGAUCUGCGUCGCCAGAGAGCAUCAACUUGGCUGAGCCUGGCCACACCUAUGCGUAUGCGGGUCACGCUCACCACAAUCAGCACAGCCACCUUGACGCUUCGCACCCAGGACACUUUCACGGCGGUGAUUCGGCAACAAGCAACCACGGCGGCGAGAAGGGAGGAAGCGACGGGCAGACCACAUCAGGAACGGGGGCGGCAUCCUCAACUGAUUGA